CUGAAGGUCUGAUCCACAAGGCAAUGGGCAACGUAAGGAGAUGCAGCCCGAUGGUAGCCGGUGAUCAACAAUUGGUUCACACGGCAUUUGUUCCUUCAGGAUCCUGGAGCCCAUGUGCACCAUUGGUUUGGAAUGAGGGUUUUCUAACUCCCCUAGGUGGACUCUCCGUGUGCAGCAACCCGGUUAAAGCGUCGAACAUUCGGUUUUCGUCCUCUGAAUUUUGUAAACAACACCGGUGGUGUGAGAAGGCAAUGGGUAGGAUUUCCCUGUUGGUGGUUGUAUGCACGUGGCCAUGUGAAAGCAUUUGGAGAGGGAGAGCUAACUCUCCCCACUCUCGACCGUACCAGGGCAUUUGGGGGCAAUAUUGUUAAUCGUGUUCACUAGAAUCCCACCAACAUUAUUUCUGUUCUAAUUUCUGAUGAUAUUCACUUAUUCAGUUUAUAGUUUAUUUAAACCACACCGUUGUUUGCAUUUUUAUCCUAAAGUUGAUCAGCAUCCCAUUUUGAAUAAUUCAUGUCAAGAUUUGUCUAUUUUGAAACCCGGUGAAAAUUUGGGAACAGUAUUAGAGGAUGAUUUGAAAUCUGCCCGUUUAUUCAUAUCGAAACUACAAUCACAAUUCGAUGAAGAACUUGGUUCAGCUAGACAACUGCUUGAGGAAAAAACUAAGCGUUUGUAUGAGCUUGAACAAAUUAUCAGUAAUAGGCUAUCAAUAACUGAGGUAGGAAUCUUGCAUAACUCUGUUUAACAUAUAAACGAGUUUCCUUUUUUUAUUCUUAAAUAAAGGAUAUCCGCUUUUUAUCUCACCUAUAUUCAUUUUCUGACAGACUACUGAUGUCACUACUCAAACUGAAAUGUCUUGUACAACAAGAACGACAACAACUAGUCCUAAUGAAUUAUUAUCGCCGGAAUUAUUGCCCGCCUUAACGGUUGAUGCGUACAGUGCUGCGGCAGCAGCAGAUCGAAGAGGUCUUUCGAACGAAUUAGUUCGUUUACAUGAAGAAAUAGCUCAAUCAAAAAGUUAUGCUUGUGAAUUGGAACAACGGUUAACUGAAAUGGUGAGUUACUCGUUGAUAUUAUGUGAAAUGUUUUCUUUCCUGGAGCGGAAGUCAUUUGUAGUUGCGUAGGCUACUUACUCCAUGUAUUCUCACUCUUAGUCAAUGUUAAUCUAAUUGUUAAAGUAAUUACCCCAUUAAAGAAGUAAUUCAAACUGUGAAGUCAUGAUGAUCAUGUUGUUUGUUUCAUAUGUCUAAUCGUUGAUAACUGUAGCAUGCUAUUUUUGUUAAAUGCUAGAUAUGUUUUCAUCGUAAAAAUUCCAUUUGGUUCUUUAAUAGGGGUUAAUUGUUAAUUCACUGUUAGGUGACGACUUAGUAGUUAAAGCAUUUGGCCUUCAGAGGUUCGAACCCCGAUUCAUCCAUCUUAGUUUAGUGAUUCGGUUAUUAUCACUAACUUUCAUACACAGUAUGGAUGAAAAGUCUAGUACCUUAAUGUGUACUUGUUGAAUGGGUUGCAUUAAUUUGUAAAAAAUAUGCUGUAGAUUGUUUUCCACUGUUAUUAUUUUUCCUAACAACCACUUAGUGCCAAUAUUCCUAUCAUGUGACCAUCAAUUUUGCAAUUGUUUCUUUCAGCUUGUAAAGUCGAUUAUUUUAAGCUAAUAAGACAUUAGUUUACAUUGAUUGAUUUUCUCUUUCACAUUUUUUUCUGUUUUGACGGACUAUGAAAUAAAUACUACAGUCUACAGUCACAUUCCAAUUCCUUACGUUCUUUCUUGUUUAAUAGUUUUUUUCACUACUGCACUUCAUUUGAUUUGACGUUAAUCAAAACAAGAUUGAGUUAAGUACGAUAUAGAUUCCCAUAGAAUUGGAACAGUAAUGAACAUUUGUAUUCAUACAAAAGUUUAUAAAUAAUUUAUAUGUUCUGAAAAUAAUAAUAACAGAAUUCAUGCCAGUUUACAGGCAUGAUCAAUUUGAUAUAAGUAAAAACGAUAGACAUGCAGAACAAACAUGUGAUAAAAGAAAGUUUUAAGUAUACUAGUUCAGUAAUUGUUUAGGUAAUACAUGUAUUACAGCGAUCCAAUGCAUCAGCCUGGAACUUUUAAUUUUUCCUAAAUGGACACAGCCUGUUGAUUUAUGAACGGUGUAUUUAAGGUCAUUUCAUGUGUCAGAUCGAAUUAAUGAUAAUUAUCUACAACUAGAGAAAUUAAAACGAAAAUAGAGAGCACGGAACAACAAAGCAGUAAUUACCAAAAUAUAUGAAUCAGGUCUACCUAAAUGCGUGUGUCAUGUGACACAUUGAUAUACUGUUGAUGUUAUUCAAAUGAGUUAAACUUGCUGGGGACGGUGUUAACAUGAAGUGGCAGCAAGUAGGUGGUUUUACUUAGGGAAUACACUAAUAAAAAUGACUAAACAUUUAAAGUUCCUAUAAUAUCACUUGUGGAAUGAGAUACACUUACAGGUGCUAGAACAUUCAAUGCAGUUUCAGAGGAGCAGUAUGCAUCGAUGCAGUGAACAAAUAAUGGGAGUGAUUUUAUCGUACGGAUAGAUUGUGGUAGGUUAUUCCAGAGUCUAGAAAAUUUACAAGUGAAGUAAUUUCAUAUAAACAGAUGAUUUAGAAUAAGUUUGUUUCACUAGUGACAAGGAAUUACUGAUGUCAUAAUGAGAAGUUUCUGCAUAUUGAAUCACGUGAUUGGAUGUAAAGGAUAGUUUAUUAAAUAGUUUGAAGAAAAAGAUAAGAUUUAACUUGAGUCUCCUCUUCCAUAAAGGGUCUAACCCAAGUUUAUUGUAUCUAGAAUUAUAAGUUAAGGUACAAUCAGCUCCAAGAAUAUGAAGUGUAAAUCGUCUCUACUGAUUCCAGCCUUAAUUUAUCCUUUAUGCGCGCACUGCUAAGAAUAAACUUGCAAUAUUCUAGAAGUGAUCGAACACAAACUUUGUACAUUAAAAUACGUGACUGAUUGUUAUAAAGGUUUCGAGUUUUGUAACGUAUAAGACGUUGAGACUUAGAGGUCUGUUUUAAUAUCUGUUCUGUAAACGACAAGUCUUGGGAGUAUCUAAGUCCUAAGUCUACUACUCUAUGUGACCUCGAUAACACUUCUCCAUUUAUGGUAAGGUCUAGGUUGAGUGAUGUGUUGCCGAAGCAUAUCCAUCCACAUUUAGCUGUAUUAAUCGUUAUUCGGAGCAAGACUUGAAACACCGACUUCGGUGGCUUGGACAUGUUCCACGAAUGUCGUCCGAGAGAAUUCCUCAUCCAUUAUUUGCCGACGCUUAGGCCGGUUGGAAAACGUGGAGAGCUGUCAGUGUAUGACAUGGUGUCGGGGUAUUAAAGAAAGCUGUAAAAGACUGGCUUGUGUUGGUCCUUCACGACUCUCUGGCUGGGGUCCAAGAGAUGGUGCGACACAGUGGCUAGAGACCUUAUCAGAUAUGACUCAGAAUAAAAGCCAGUGGCGAUCCUGCUGUAACCUUUUACUUUCUUCAUAAAAAGUGGUUGCUUCUUCCUUAGCUAAAAGAUUUCUUCUGAUUGUACCUUUUCGUUUCCCCCAUUAUUAUUGUUACACUAAUCUGUUCGUUAUUGUUCUUUUCUUUACGCUCCUCACAUUUUUUCCUUCUCCUCUUCAAAUUCCCAUUGUUUUGUGUGGCGCAUAUAUAUUUGGUGGCCUCUUGUACCAAUAUUCGUGUUCAAAUAAUAAAAAAUAAUAAUAAGCUGUAUUAAACUUCAGCUGCCAUUUUGAGCACCACUGUGCUACCUUGUUAAGCUCCAUGCUGAUGCAAUUUUGCAUAUUGUUCAGCUCAUGAAAAGAAGAUGAAUACAUUACUUUAAGAUCAUCUGGAUAUAGCAGAGGCUUACCCACACAAAAACUUUCACAAAUAUCAUUGAUAAACACUAAAAAGGGCAAAGGGCAUUAGAUACUACCUUGUAUUACACCACUUCUAACAGGGAUUUUGAACCCCAUAAGAUGCAAGUUUACCUAUAAGAAGUUGCUGGCUAACCAUGUCGAAGGCUAGAAUUUACACGAGUAGCUUCUAUAUGAUUCGUCCAUUCGUGUUUUCUUGCUAAAAACGAACCAGUCAUCAUAGAUUUGAGCUUUCACUGAGCAUGUAAUCGUCAAGAUUCUCUAUCCUGUUAACAUUAUCUUAAUAAAUGACGAAUGUAUUAUGGAUUAUUUUGUGAAGACUGAUGAGUACCACAUGGCUUGUAAGUCAAUGUAUAAGAAAUCUGAUGUUUCAGUCAGUACACGAUCUAUUGUUCUAAUAACAAGUGGCUAACUAACCAUCUAAUGGCAAAAUAAUUAACUUCAAUACCUGAUACGGCUUGGUAAAAUUUUCAUUAGUAUAUUUGAGUGAAUUUUAGACAUUCCAUUGUAAUUGAUGAAAGCAUCUUGAUCGUUAUUAGUAAAAUAAAUUUCUUCGAAUGUGUGAUUGAUAAAGAUGCUGUCUAUGGAAACGUACUUUGAGUAGUUUCUAAUUUUAACGUCUAAUUAGUCUACCACUUUAUGCAAAAAAAAACAAGCCUAUAGCAAAUCAGGUGUAUAUCAAUUUUAGAUUAGUGUAGAUUUUAAUAAUUCAUAAUGGCGUAGAAAUUUUAGAUCUCGAUUGUUUUAUACCCUCAUUGAUGCAAUAUAAUAUAAUGAUUUUUAAUCAACACAUUUCAGAUCUUGCUCUAUCUACUAACUGAUUAUUCUCUUGAUGUUUAAAGUCGAUUACAUAAACAUUUGUAACUGUUACUUGCUUGAUCUAGACCAACUUUGUAAUACUUCCAGAGAGAGAGAGAGAGAAUCGAGUCAUUAAUUUAAACCUAAAUCACUUUUGUUAAGACGGUUGAAAUAAUAUCAUUCGGUUUUAUUUAUUUGUUUAUUUAAACACAUAGAUAUUGGUACAAGGAGGCACCAAAUACAUAUGCACCACACAAACUCCAUUUGAUAUGUGUGAGGGCUGUGAUACUGCCCGGGUGCCCAAACCGAAGUAGGUGGUUCUCUUAGGGGGCCACAUCCAGAGCCUUCGACCUGAAUGUGUGAUCCACAAUGCAGUGGAGCAUCGUCAGGAGAUGCAGUCCAAUGGAAGCCGGUGACCAACGAUAGGUUCAUACGGCAUUUGUUUCUUGAGGAUCCUGGAGCCCAUGUGCACCAUUGGUUUGAAAUCGAAAUUUCCUAACUCUCCUAGGUGAUUUCUCCGUGUACAGCAACCCGGUUAAGGCGCCGGACAUUUGGUUUUCGUCCUCUGAAUUUUGUAAACAACACCGGUGGUGCGAGAAGUCAAUGAGUAGGACUUCCCUGUUGGUGGUUGUAUGCACGUGGCUAUGUGAGAUCAUUUGAAGAGGGAAAGCGGACUCUUCCCACUCUCGACCGUACCAGGGCAUUCGAACUCAAAUCGUAUAAGUUUUACCUGAAAUUAAUUCCUUCCACUCUAUUUACAAUUUCGUUUGUGAAAAUAUUCGAUCUACUCAGGUCAUAAAUGAAACUGUUGAGAUUAAUUUUGAAAAAAAAUACUCACAUUUUCACUUACUCAUAGAAAUGGUGAAGUUGUAACGAUUUACAUAAUCCAAACUGUUCACCUAUUUCUUCAUUAAGUUCGUUCAGUAUAUUUUACUUUGCUUUUUUGUUUGUGAAAUAAAAAUGUCAUAUUCAACUAUUAUCACUUUAUGGACAUAUGUACACACAUUGUUUUGCACAUCAUUACAUAAUCUAUUAACCUUCUAUGGUUGUAUUUUCCAAAUGAGAUCAUGCCAACUAGUGAAUUUAAUAUGAAAUACACUAAUGUAAACACAAUUUCAGACAAUUAUAUUAUCAAAUAGAAAAUUUUCUUUACUGAAUUUCGUUUACCUUAGAAGAUAGUAACCAGACACACAUGUAUAUAUAUAUAUAUAUAUAUAUAUAUAUAUAUAUCUGUAUAUGUAUAUGAAAAGUAGGUGUAUACACAUCGCUUGAAGUAGUCUGGUAUUAACUUUUGUCAAAGAAACAGAUUUAUACAUUUCUGUUCAUGAUGAAAUAACUUUGGACAUAAUUUCUAAAUUUAAAUUUUUUUGGUAUUUAAAUACAGAUUGGUUGACAGUUUGCUUCUACUGCUGCGAUUAAUGGCCUUGAAAUCUAAUCGAUAAGUAAUCUAGUCAUUGUUCUUAUACAACAGUAUAUCCGGUUCCCAAAAAGUUCAUAAGCAUGUGCAGCAACCUGACUUAAUAGUUAAACCAUUUGUCUUCCAGUCAAUCAAUUUGAGACCUUACUCCACCCACUUUGGUUUACGGAGUCGGGUAAUAUGACCGACCGUCAUACAUAAAAGUGCGACUGAACUCCGAGUACUUAAAUUUGUAAUUGAUUGAAUAAGUAGCAUUUUAACCUUAUAAAUAAAGUGGGGUUUAAGAAGAAAAGUAUCUUUAUCACACACGUGCUGAUAGUGUAGUAAAUGCAAACUCAGGUAGAGAAGACCAACUUAUUGUUCGGCACAAUAUUACAGAAUGUUUUCAUAAAAUAUGAAAACCAUACAGUAAAUACUUCAUUUGUACAUCUCCCAUCAGUUUCAUUCAUAACUUUAUUUUGACUGAACAUUUGUCGUAAAGAUUUUAGUAAUACGAAGCGUGCUAAAUGCAUAGUCAUAGGUGAGAGCGUUUCACAGUGCAACAUAAUAAUAGCCAUUAAUACUGUUGGGGUAGAGUGUUCUUUAAUAAACUGUAUGAGAAGAACAAAAGUACACUGUGAAAGUGGCAUAAUUGCAACACUACGUGCGUUUCCAAAUAGACAGUACGGCGAAGAGCAAUUGCAGUCCAGAAACUUACAGUACUUGUGAUAAUCUACAACCUUUUUCGGAUCUGAACAUAUCAGUUUCCUCAUUGAAUACUUUUUUUUGAUAAGUCAGUCAUUGGUGAAUACCUACUCAUUUAAAGUAUAGUAAUAAUUGUUUCGUCUUGUUAAAUGCAAUAUUUUUGUUAAUUAACGGUUCAACCUGCUUCUAUUCAUUUCGAUGUAUACGUAGUAUAACUUUCUUAAUUAUCUACAGGAAGGUGAAUUACACUGUACAAAAGAUAAAUUAAUCUACCAAACUACUUUAAGUAACAGAAAUCAAGAAAAUUGGAUUAUGAUAGAACAAGAAUAUCGUGAAUUACAGCGUCAGCAUAGAAUAUUACAAAACAAUUUAUUGUUAAGUGAAGAAGAACGUUCUCGUGGCGGCGAAAUGAUGAUUGCAGAAAAUAAUGCUGAAUUUCAAGCAGCACGUGCAAAUUAUGAGAAAGAAAUUGGCUUAUUGAAUCAACAAUUAUUAGAGACAACAUUUGAAUGUCGUCGUCUAGAAGCAGAACGUGCUCGUGUAGCUGAACGUAAUUCUGACUUACAACGUGAACUAGAAACGACUAGAAUUUUGGUAGAUUCAUUAAAACAAAAUUCGGAAUGCAAACCAGUUGAAUAUUCGAAUCAUAUUAGAAAAAGUGCACCGAUUAUCUCAUCAAAUCUACGUUUACCCUCUUCAAUGCCCAAUGGUGAUAAUAAUAAUAAUGGUAUUUGUAAUGGUAAUGGCUUAUAUUCCAAGGGAUAUAAAGUCAAUCAAAGAUGUCUUAGCGAUUCACUUGAAGAUUGGGAGGAUAGCGAUCAUGAUCACGUUGAUCUUAAUGUUUCACCAUCACAUCAAAUCCGAUCAUCAAUAUAUCCACAUGAAGUUAAGAGUAAAUUAAAUCAUCACUAUCAUCGUGAUUAUUCGUGCAUUGUAAGUAGUCGCUUAAACGAUGAGUCCCGUAAGCCAGAAUAUAAUUAUCCUAAUAAUGAAGAGUCAAGAUAUUUAAAGAGUAAAAAACGUCAUUCAAAAUUACGUACGGAUUCAAAACAGUUAGAUCGACUUGCUUCUAAAACACAAGAAUUGGAAGAGUUUGCCAUUCGAUUGCGUGAACAAUUUAAUGAGAUCUUAUCAGAGGAAGAGGAGAAUUCUGAAGUACGUCUAAGAAAUGUAAUUCCCCAGCUCUUCUGUAUACGUAUAUUAUAUACAUGCAUGUGAUCAACGUAUAAUUAGCAUAGGCUUUUCUGCUCUUAGUUUUUUAUCAUACUUCCUAUUUUAACGAAAAUAUGAAUAUAGCUUUCCACUUUAGAAUUGCAUGCUAAUGUUGACAUCUUUUUCAUAUUUAAGAUGCAUGACUUUUAUAUAUUAGACAUCAUUGUUCUUAAAGCUUACUAGGUAAGGCGAACAAAGUAUACCGUAAGUCAUGUAAUCCAUCGAUCUAUUAUUUUAAUUUCUAUGUCUCUCAUUAUCAGAAAGGUGGUUUAUUCAAGUCAUGUAUUAAUUCAUAUACAUCAAAGCCCCGUCUCUCGUAUUGUUAACUGCCAUCAUUCAUUAUUUUGUAUUUAGUUAGUGCUUGAUCAUGUUUUUAUAAUGCUCACUUUCUUUCAAGUUGUGUAUUCAACUUAUCGCUUAUUGGUUUGUGUAAUUGUUUGCGAGUCACACUAAAUGUUAAUUGCGAGUUGAUACUUGGUUGUCCAAACCGAUUUAAGUGUUGCAGGAUGUAAACCUGCAACUUAGUGACUACAAGUCGACUGCUUUAACAACUGGGCUAUCGGUUUACUUUCAUUUACUUCUAAUUUAAAUUCGAUAAGUUUCAUAGUUUCUCACAGUUCUUCUGUAUACUAUCACAUCAAAUGAAAAUGAAGUUCAGUAAAUUUAUUCACUAAAAUCUCGUUUUUCCUACAUUUCUUUUAUCGGUCAUCUUUCACUAGCAUCAAUCCUCCACACAAGUUAAUUCUUCAUCUGUAAACGUGUAUCCCUAUCUCACGGAUGUUCAUAACAAUCAACAUGCUCUGAAAAAUACUCCUUUAGUGAUACCAAAGAAUCAAUAUCAGUCAAAUGGUUUUAAUUACGAGUUUGUUGAUGAAGAUGGUGAUGAUGUUGAACAAAGAGAGCAAGAUACCGAUGCUGAUUCUUCAGCUUACACAGAUUUAAGUCAAGUUUCUCCGGUAUCUCAACCUGUUGAUUCAGGUUAGUUUUGAUAUUCAGAUUGUUUUGUAGCCUGUUUUUGUGAUAUGUUUUAUUUAUUACACUCUAUACGACUAUUCAAAACAAUUAAUUCUAGUAUACUUUCGUGAUAAAUUUGGCUUGUGUUUGCUGAGAUUUUUAUUAUAGAUUUCUUGUUUAAUAAAAUAUAUGAUAGACUCGUUGAUUUCACACUGUAUGGACACUCGGAAAUGUAUCACUGCAAAGUUCAGUAACGUCUUUAUUUCUCUACAAGGUCCUAAAACGUAAUCUGUUGAGUACAGUUUUUCGUACUUCGAUUUUAAUCGUGCUUUUCACUAGUGGUAUAAAUAUUAAUAAUACUACGCGACCGUUGUAAUUGAAAUAUGUAACUAAAGCCGGUUUCAUAUCUGUCAUCUCAUGAAUUUUAGACAUUGUACUUGAAUCACUAAAUCACCUCCUUUCUUAGGCUUAUGUUUAUUUUUACGUCAUAUAUAUUAUAUAAUGAUGAUCCAAUAAUUUCAUUAGUUACUGAACAAUCAUCGAAUCCUAUUUUUUUUACACUCUUGGUUACUGUAUGAUUCUUUUUAUUCAACACUUCAUUUCUUUUUGGUAUAAAUGUUCCGAAUGGAACUGUGUUUGGGAGAAGUUUUAAAGUUUCCAUAAUGUUGAGCAAUACGUUUUGGUUUGUCAUAGUGAUAGACAAAAUACUGACUGAUAGUAAGUGAUGUAAAACAAUAUGAUGUUUUAGAUAUGUGAUAGAGCUGGUCACUACACUCUACUACCAUAGAAAUAAACAUCCAUACGAGGUGUAGUGAAAAGAUAGCACAACUAAUCAUUAGGGUAGGUUGAUUUCUUAAUGAAGUGUAAUCUUUUUAUGGAUAAUGUUUAGCAUGAAAGUAGACAUGAUUAAUGGGUGUAUAAAAUAUAAUUGGAUUGUAUGGUGAAUAAGUGAAAUUCAGACUUAAUUAUUGAGUUUAGUUCUCGGCUGUCAUAUUAAUUCAUCGUAAAAGAAUAAGUUUCUGGUUCUGUUUUUCUUUCAACUUUUUGGUUGUUAACUUUUAAUCAGAUUCAGUUUUUGUCAAUGAUAAAUACUGUAAAUCAAGAUUUUCAACCUUGAUCAUCUAAUCAAUAGUAUUGAGUAUUCAGGUCAUUAAGUCACAUAUCUAGGCUUUUCACAUCAUACAACACAUUUAUGUAUAUGUUAUCAUUGUUUACACUGCCAAAUUUCUGACGAUUAAUAGUCAUUAUUACGAUUAUUUCAAGAGUUGACGUAUUGACUAUCUAUAACCAACUUGGUGUGUGUAUAUUUUUGUGUAUAUGUAACUAUAACAACAGUAAUGACAACAAUUUACACUGUUGGUGUUGACAUUAUGCUUAAGGCAAUUCUAUAUGAAUGCAUGCAUUCUUCACACUGUUUAUUUUAUGAAUAUGUAUAGUAUUUAACAAAAUUCCAUUUCUCAUUAUUCAUUUGUUCAAUGUAAAAAGUAGUUUGUUUACAUUGACUAUUAAACAAGAUAACAGUUUAUAUAGAUAUAUACUCAUGAAAUCAUUGUUGGAAAUGAUGCCAUCAUUGUUUGUAAUUAAUUUACAUUCGAAAGAAACUAAAUAUGCCUCAUGUAAUUAUCAUUCUGUAUUUAUUAGUUAAUAUUUGCAUAUGUUUUAUAGUUUUGUUCUUCUCAGUUGGUAUAUCAUCUCAUCGAAGUCAUCAUAUCUUCCUUUCUAUUUCAUUAUGCUUUGUAUAGUAAAGUCUGUUUAGCUAAUCUACAGUUUUAAUACUGAAUUAUUUAUUUUAGUGUAAUGCAGUAACCAAGUACUAAUUUAUUGUUUUUCGGUUGUCAUGACCACUUUUCAUAUCAAAAUGGAUGACAUUACUAAUACUUUAAACAAACUAUUAUGAUCAGAUAGUGUAACCAAAGUGGUUCGAUUAAUGGUUUCAAAUACGAACUUCCUUCCUCUUACUUUAGGCUGAGCAGCUGAUUAUUACUUAACAUUAACCUUCGCGUUCAGUAUGGUUUGAAUCCAAGUACAACAAUCUGUAUUUAGUGCCCUAUAAUUAAUUAGAUUACACUAAGAGAUAAACCAAAUUAAAUUAGAUGGUAAAUGAUGUUCAAACUGAAUGUUUGAGAUUCCAGUCUUUCACUAUUAAGUUAUUUAAAAUGAUCUUUGUAGAUAAUUAAUAUAUAGCCUCUGCCAGGGAAGUCCUACUCACUGCCUUCUCGCGCCACCGGUGUUGUUUACAAGAUUGAGAAGACGAAAAGCGAAUGUCCGGCGCUUUAACCGGGUUGGUGGAGAUGGAGAGUCCACCUAGGGGAGUUGGAAAACCCUGAUCCCAAACCAAUGGUGCUCAUGGGCUCCAGUAUCCUGCGGGAACAAAUGGCGUAUGGACCAAUCGUUGGUCACCGGCUACCAUGGGACUGCAUCUCCUUACGAUGCUCCACUGCCUUGUGGAUCACACAUUCAGGUCGAAGGCUCCAGGUGUGGCCCCCUAAGAGAACCACCUACUUCGGUUUGGGCACCCAGGCAGUAUCACAGCCCUCACACAUAUCGAAUGAGAUUUGUGUAGCGCAUAUGUAUUUGGUGCCUCUUUGUACCAAUAUCUAUGUGUUAAAGCAAAUAAUUAACGAAGAAUAUAAAUCUCGAAUCAAAGCUUCAAGUUAUGUUUUUUAAUUCUGUGCUCAUUUUUCUACAUUAUAUUUAAUGUCGUUAGCAUAUUAAAUUUGAACGUUAAUGGAUUGGUAUCUUAAUAUCUAAAGCACUCGGUUUUUAACCUACAAGUUUUAAGUUUGAAACCUACUUUGGUUCGAACAUCUAGAUGGUUUGCGUCAUUAACUUCCAUACCAAUAUUGUGAUUUAAAUUUGAAUGUAUUAGCAUGUACUUGAUGGAUCAGUUAAGUCAGUGGUCUUGAGUGGUGUUAGAGGUAUGAGGACGGUUAUCACUUCCCGGUUGGCCACACCAUGGAAGGGUUCUUCUGGAGGUACCUGAAAAGGAAAUUGGAUUAAAGGUGGUCAUAGUGACCUGAGUGUGACAGUAGUGCCAUAGGGACAACUGUUUGAGGCUGGUUACACACGACGUUUUGUGGGUAAUUUUCGUGUUAGCUCCCUACUUGUUGAGACCCUACCUCUAGAGACGGAUUUUAGUGUAUUUAUUCGAACAGGCUUGUCUUGGACCAUGAAUGUAUUUUUUUGUACUGAAUUAUCAUUCAUUGUUUGGUGAUUUCUAAUAUUUUAACCUGUGUGUUACUACUGAUUGCAAUAUGGUAUUUCUUUGCUUUAAUGGGUUCGUUUUUUUCUACAGGAUGCCAGAAUACUAAGCUAACAACAAAUAAUUUGCAAACUAACACAUCACAUAAUGGUCAAUCGAUGCUUCAAAAUCAUUCACAAUCUGUCGGGUUUAUGCCAUCAAUCUCGAAGAAUUUAAGGAGUAGUUCCCCCUUAUCUUCUGGUAUUUAUUAUUAUUAUUAUAUCUCGUUUAUAUUUUGCUUUUAAAUUACUGUACAUUUUGUUCAUUUCUUUUCAUUGAUCUUUAGUUUCUUUUUACAGUGAUUACAUACUAUCAAUUGUAUCAUUCUGUUAUUCAGUUCUGUUUGAGUUCACUUAUUUGUUACUCUGACUUUUAAGAUAAAUAAUCUUACUAUGAUACUAGGUUGAUGGAAUUUAUUGGGUUAGGGAAUCAGCUUUGUAAUAUUGUUGUUUUGAUAACCUUAACCUCCCGAUGAGAAGUUGAUAUUUUUUCUGAGAAUAUCUCGUUGAAUUUCUGGGUUCAACGCUUGAUGAUGGCGAUAGGUUUUUACGAUUUCAGAUGUAUCCAACCGUUAAUAGUCCGAUCCAAGGCGUAAAUAGGUACGUCAACUGAGAAAAGCUAAGGGUAUCCAAAAAAGCCACAAAUAAGUAAAUGAAACAUUCGGUAAGAAAUCUCAACUAUAUGUAAGUGACAUUCAUGUCACAUUCUUGUCUAGUCGAGCGUAUUUUGCUGAUCUAACUCUAUGCUGUUCUAGUAUAGGAGUUCGUAAUAAUCACCCUUAUUGGGUUUUCAACCACAAUUUUCAUUAUGAGAGCUGUUAAUAUAAUCUGGAUACUCAAAAUUAAGUAAAUAUUUGUUUUAGCGUGUAACCCCGAUAGUUGAGAGCUACUGUUUUCAUCAUUAAUUUACUACAUGUUAUAUUUAUGUAGUAGUGCAUUUUUCCUGAUAGUGUUCAAAACGAUCAUCAAUGCUUCGCAAUCAUAAGUCAACUUAGCUGUUAGAAAAUAUAGAACACCAACGUAAUCCUCUAUAUAGUAUCCUAAUCUUAAUGACUUACAUUUAUAAGAUGAUAGUGUCGAUUUAUAGCUGUAUUCCUUAUUAUUAAAUAGUCUAAUUAAAUUAGUCGUAUAUAAUAAUAAUACUACUAAUAAUAAAGCUCUCUUAAUUAAGUAAUAUGAUCGAUUCACAUACAACACACAUAGAACAAACAAUUCAAUCUAUUGUAAUGCACAAAUUUAUUAUUAUCAUCAUUAUUACAUUUUUAAGAAAACAUGUCAUCUGUUUUAACUGUCAUUUCUGUAUCCAUGUAUCAUUGGAAAUGAUUAUCAAGACGUUUUCAUAGAAAAAAAUGAUCCUCUUUGUUGCUAUAGGUGUAUAUAUCUAUCUAUUGAUGAAUUGAAUGAAAUGAAAUACAAUUUUGUAUUAUAGCUUGAUAGAUAUCAUUUUUAUUUCAUCAUCAUCUAAUCUUAUAUUUUUUACAGUAAUGGCUACAAAAAUGUAUUUCCAAUAAAUUAUUAGUUUAUUAAGCAAUUCAACAUGACCAUAUUACCACUUUUAUUUGCACAAUUAAUAUCGAACACAUUAGUCAUUAGCUACAAUGCAAACAUGUUCGGCAUGCCAUUCUCUCCCUCGAAAUGCAAAAUGUUGCUUCAGGAUUGGGUUACAUCGACACCCGAACUAGUGAUAGGGAGUGAAGUAGUUGAGCGUAUCGAUCGCUUUACUUAUCUUGGAAGUCUGAUCAACCCUUGUGGUCUGGUGUGUGACGAAAUCUCAGCACGGAUACAGAAGGCUCGACUAGCUUUUACCAACUUGCGUCAUUUAUGGCGUAGGCGAAAUAUCCGUCUAUCAACCAAAGGACGUGUUUGCUGCGCAGCAGUUCGUUCCGUCCUACUUUAUGGCAGUGAAACAUGGCCGGUAAGAGUAGAGGAUAUUCGUAGGUUACUAGUAUUCGACCAUAGGUGUUUUCGAAAUAUUGCUCGUAUAUCGUGGGACCAUUGAGUAAGUAACGGAGUUGUUAGGAAACGGGUACUAGGUAAGGAUGGCAAAUCAAUGGAUGAAGUAGUGAAACUUCAUCAGUUGAGAUGGCUGGGACAUGUGUUACGUAUGCCCAACGACCGACUGCCUCGACGUGCGAUGUUUUAUGAUGUAGGAGUACAUUGGAAGAAAGCUAGAGGCGGUUAGAUCAAAACAUGGCACAAAUCCAUGAAGUCACUGACAAGUGAACUGAGCCAUAUUGGUAGGUGUAGACUACCUGGUUGGGGACCACGAGAUGAUAGCAACCGAUGGUUAGAGACCCUGAAUGACAUGGCUCAAAAUCGUUUGCAAUGGUGCAGGUGCAUCCACUCUUUGUGUUCUUCCAAGUUCUAAUCUCCUGAUUCCUCCUUGUCUUUUUUUUUCUCUUUCCAAAUUUAUUUCACUGGAUUAUACUUUUUAAAUAACAUCUUCAAACCCGAAUCUUUCAGAUUACUACUUAUACUCUUACUACCUCUACCACUACGGUAUUUGAAUUGACAAACUGCAUCUCUGUGCUAAUGUGGUGUGGCAACUCGAACUGAUGUAUGUACUUACGAAGUUCUACGUUGUUACUGACGGAGUCAUUUGCACGGUAGUUUUCGUGAAUAUCCAAUCACUUAACAAUGUUAAAAUUUGUGGUAUAGAAGGUUUGUUAAAAUGACUUACGUUGUGGUUCACAUAUACUGAGAUUUUAAAUAAAUAAUCGUUAAGAGUGAAGAAUGUACAAAUGUAGCUUCUGUGUAUCUGAUGAGUUCACCAUUUUACGUAACUGCUAGACAUUAAGUAUCAUAAACUGAUUCUAAUAACAAUAAUUUAUUCAUUUGUUUGAAAUAAAAGAUCUGCUAUGAUUCUCUCAAAUUCUGCUUAGGAUAGAAUUAUUGUUAAGUACAAUAACAAUGCUGGUAAGAUGUUGAUAUAAUCGAAUGCAGGGAUUAUAUUUAACAUUCGUUAACUCGAUUAAAUUAAUUACGCGGCAUACAUUUUAAUGAGGAUUAUGGUAGUCGUGUGAAAUUUAACUAUUGUUUGUUUUAGAUUUAGUUUGUAAUAUUCUCAAUUCUAUUAUUAUUUUAGCAUUUCGAUUCAAUGGUUCCGGUUCUAGACUUUCUGACCCAAUACCAUCUUCUUGGAGUUUCGGUAACAUGAUUAUAUCUUUAGUCUCUUUACGCAACAUGUAUAUCUCAUGGCUUAAUUAAUGCAUGAUUGAAUUUAAUCUACAUGUUUCAUCGACGCAUAUUUACUAAACCUUAUUUGGCAAUGUUGUCUGUCUCUUUAACAGGAAUUUGGAACUUUUUAUAAAACCCUCAUUAACUGAUAUCCAUAUUCUGCUUCAUUUUUACAAACAAUCCAAUUUUCUUUCAUUCAAACUGUGUAUCUCUUUAUUGUCUUUGUUGUUUUGGUUUUUAUUACCAUAUUCAUUUAAUGCUUUAGUUAUAAAGCAUGAUCAAGUAUGUUUUAUUCUAAUUUACAUGUUAUAAAUAAUUGUGUGUAUUUUGUUUUAACUUAUUUAGAUCCUAAUCGAUUGAAAGAAUUACAUCUACGUAAUCGAUUACAACCUUCACAUUUACGAUCAAGUUAUCCAGUUGAAACUCAGGUUAGUUGGGCAUUUUUUCUCUCUCGUUAGUUCCUCACUGUUGAAAUUUUACAAUGUUUAUAUUGAUAAAAUAAAAUAAAAGUACGGAUGGUGAAGUUGAAUUUAGUCGUAAAUCAUUGCAAUACAUUACUUAUGCCUGUUACUCCUCGUGAAGAAGCAUAGGUCGCUCACCAGCAUUCUGCAUCCAACCCUGUCCCAACCAAUCCUUUCCAGCUCCUUCCAGUUCCUAUUCAUCCUUUCCAUAUCUGCUUCUAUUAUCCGACGUAAUGUGUUCUUUGGCCUUCCUAUUUUCUGCUUACAUUCACGAUUCCAAGUUAGGGCUUGCCUCGUGAUGCAGUUUGAUGAUUUGCGUAAUGUAUGUCUUAUCCAUUUCCAUCGUCUUUUCCUAAUUUCUUCAGCUGGAAGUUGGUUUGUUCUCUACCACAGUAGGUUGUUGCUGAUGGUAUCCGGCCAAUCGAUGUUGAGUAUCUUCCGUAGACAACCAUUUACAAAUAUUUGUACCUUCUUGAUGGUAGUUGAAGGUACAAGUAUUGCAAUCCAUUGGUUACAAUAAUAUCAAUUUUAUUAAAAUACAAAGCAUUGGGAAUCUCUGAUGUUAUGCAAUACGGCUUUUAGAUACUCUACCUUAAGUUUCACACAUUUCCUAUGACAGAAUAACUUAAACUAAAGUUAGGGAUUAUUGCCUAUUAAGUUAAAGCUGAAUUCUUCAACAAAUGAUGUACCUUUUUUAAUUCUGACGUUUCAACCUAAAGUCUUCUCAACUCAAACCAUUUAAACAUCAUUAUUGUUUAACAUUUUUAAUGCUAUCGAUACUAUUUCUUUAUUUAUUUGAACACAUACAUAUUGGUACGAGAGUGCACCAAAUAUAGAUGCGUCACACAAAAUAAUGAGAAAUUAAACAGAAGGAAAAAGAAAAAAAGGUAAGGAGGGUAAAAAAAAAAAGAACAAUAAGGAAGAGAUUGGUGUAAGGUAGUGUGGUAGUAACGAGGGAACGGAAAGGUACAAUCAAAAGAAAUCUUUCAGGUAAGGGAGACACAACCACUUUUCUAUAAAGAAAGUAAAGGAAGCUUACAGCAGGAUCGCCACUGGCUUCUAUUCUGAGCCAUAUCUGAUAACGUCUUUAGCCACUGUGUAGCACCAUCUCUCAGACCCCAACCAGGGAGCCGUGAAGGACCGACUGAAUCCAGUCCUUUGCAGCUUUCUUUCAUACCACGACACCAUGUCAUGCACUGACCACCUCUCCGCUUUUUCCAACCAGUCCCAGAGUCGGCAAAUAAUGCACGACGUGGAAUUCUCUGGGACAACAUUCGUAGAACAUGUCCAAGCCACCGAAGUCGGUGUUUCAAGAUGGUGACACCAACUGGAUUAUCGUCUCUGCGUCAGAACACACGAUGCCGAACCUCUGCAUUACUGACAUGGUGUUGCCACUGGAUGUCAGCAAUCCUUCGGAGACAGCGGUGAUCGAACACAGAGAGUCGUCUAACAUCCUCAACUCGGAGAGACCAGGUUUCACAAGCAUAGAGCAAAACUGCUCUCACCGACGCGUUGUAGAUCCGACCUUUUACAGUCAGAAUAACAUCACGAAGGCGCCGAAAUGGCCCAGAUUGGCAUAAGCCACUCUGGCUUUCACUAUACGUGCAUUGAUCUCAUCACUCACACUCACCCCCACCAGCACUUACGCAGCUACCUAGAUACACGAACUUCUCAACUACUUCUAUCUGCUCAGUAUCCAGGGUGAGUACAGGAUUGGAAUCCUGCCAGUCUUGUAGAAGUACUUUGCACUUCGAAGGUGCAAAGCACAUACCGUACCUACGGACAUUGAUUGCCAACUGAUUAAGUGCGGAUUGCAUGGCUUGGUCAUUAUCGCACAGUAAGACAAUAUCAUCUGCAUACUCAAGAUCGAGAAUUCUUUCUCCAGGCAACAGAUCCACACCACCAUUAUUUACAUUCAUCAGAGCUGUUUGUAGAAUGUCAUCGAUGGCAAAGUUGAAGAGGAAUGGUGAGAUUGGGCAACCCUGCCUAACCCCACUGCUCGAAUGGAACAAUGGAGAGAGGUGGUUGUAUGCCCUCCCUACUAUUAUUCCCGCUCCCUUUCUAUGUAUCUUGUAAUUUUCACUUAACAGUGCUUAUUUGAUCAAGCGGGAUUCAAUCUAGAGUGAAGUCGACUUCUCUUAGCUUGAAGCCUCAAUGCGAAUGAACGAUCCAAGUUCUUCUUUUUACUGACUAUCAUAGUUGGUUUUAUUUCACUUUUGUCUUUCAGUAAUAAAUCCUGUUCCCAUGCAAUUUUUAAUUUUAAACACUUCUAAUUACUGGGCAUUUCAUACAAACUACGUUUUCCAAUUUUAUAAUGUAUUGAAUUGAAAUGUUCUAUAUCUAAUCAACCUGCCAAUAAAUCUAUCUAUAUAUACAUACAUAAAAAAGAUUGCUCGUACUGACAUGAUACUGUUUAACAAACAAGGUCUCACACCCUAUCAAUCAAGCUGCAAUAAACUCACUAGCAUGAAUAACUCGCAACGCGUGCACUAUGCUUUGAUGUUAGGUGGUUAAUAAUAGUCUCUAGGGUACUCCUGGUCUUAGAUUUUGUGCUAGUUGGUCCUCAUCAUCAAGGCGUACCUGAAAUCUUAAUGGAACUGAUAUUCCCUGUGUGAUAUAAAUUCUGGUAACCCAGCUUCAUAAUCCGAAACGUUACCACUGAGCUAACCGAGAUUUAACUGACUUAUAGGACUUAGAUCACUGUGUACUAACCACAUAUUUAAAACGACUUAGAACUGUUGGCACUGUUCUCUAGUUGAAUAACUUAGAUAUGUGGUUAGAAAAGACACAAAUAGUUAAAAAUUUGAAUUAUUUGGCAAGCUAAAUUAUGUUUCGAUUAUUCACCAAUUAGCUUUCCUACCAACUUUAAGCUGAAACAAGAAAAUGUAUUAUUUUCUAUAGCAGUCAUGGUUAUUAUGACCAAUGAGAGCAACUAUUGAUAGUGGCACUGAUUAUAUAACAACUGUAUUAUAAUUCUCAGUACUGAUUGACGUACACCAUUCAGAAAACCCAAUGUCCCAGUCUCAAUUUAGUUUGUAUUUCAGUACAUAUAUACUAAUGAGAUUACCACCUUGUUAUAACCUCUUUCUUCUUACGGUUAUGACCCAGCUAUUCCUAUUGCUUAGUAUUCUCGGACACCGAUUCACUCGACAAGUCCCCAAAUCAGAACACGGUUGAACAGGAAAGAGAUUAUAUUCCAAAUAGCAAAUCAGAAGCACAAUAGAGAAAACGUCAGUAUAUUUAUAGUUUUUUACAUGAGAAGAUUCUAGAGUAUUCUCCAACUAUCGACUAGUGCUGAUUGGAUAAGAAUUAGCCAAUCAGCGUGCACCAAAGCAAUAUGCAUUGAGCAUGCUUUAAUCUAGUCUAUGUCCCGCUAACACAUCUAGAUUUGAAAUAUCUCUCUAAUCGGCUUAAAACACAACACUAAAUAAACUAAACCACAUUAUUGUGGUACUUACCUUCGUGAUUUAUAAUACUCGAUAAACACUAAAGAUUUUACAACCAACUCGUCUGUGUAUAUUGUUUCAUGGCCAUCAUUAUAGAAUUCCGAUCCCCUCUCAUUACAGGUGAUCAAUUCAAAUGAUAUAGUUGGCACUUUGAGCCAAAUGACUACUGACAACGUAAAUAAAUCACCUAAUCGAAUCAGAGCGAGUGGUCGAAAAAUGCAUCGUAAUAAUUCUCACAAUAAAGAACCUCCUGUAAGCAAUGUUGGUAGCAAUCCCGCUUCUAGAACUGUUCCCUCUUCAUUAUCAAAUGACCACCAAAAGAAUUUGCAUAUCAAAUCUAGGCAAGAUAGUAAUUUUGAACUAGAAUCAACUCCUUCACCAUUAGCCGCUGGUUAUCAACCCCUUCCCAAAGAUAUACAAUCGUUUAGUGAAGCACUUAUCUCUGCAUCUGUGGACAGUAAAGCUAUGGAUUAUGUAUUAACUACACAUCCUAAUCUUAUCAAGUCUGCCAAUACUAAUAACGAUAACAAUAAUAAUAAUAAUGGCUGUAAAUCAUCACACUCGUUGUCUUCCAGUAUCCAGAAUGUAAAUAUCCCAACUUCGGAUCGAAAACCUGGAUUCUGUAAUACUAUCCCUGAUACAUUUGCAAAACAUAACAAAAAUCGUACAAGAUAUAAUGUGAAUGAAUUAAAAAUCGACAGUGGUACUGGCGGUGGUUUAUCCUCUGAUAAUGAAAAUAUGAAUCCUCCUUUAUUAAAUAUUGCCUGCCGCAGAUUCACUGACGCAGAUCUGUUCGUUAAACCAUCGAAUCCUGUUCAUGUUAAUCGUCAUAGAAGUAAAAAAGUCGAUACAUAUUCUACUCCACGUACUAAUGGUAAUUCACCAACCAGUUCUGCACAAAGUGUUGAUGAUCUUAGUGGUGCGUCAAGUAUUCGAAGUAGUAAGGUUAGUAUUGUUGCAAUUUUAUUCUAAUUUAUACUUUAAGAUAGUGUAUUUAUUUAUGCUUCAACAGAGUUUAGGAAUUUGAUUUCACCAUUCCACUUACUAUAGUUUGAGAAAUGGAUAAGUAUUUUUAGCUCUUAUCUAACAGUUUUCGCUCAUUGUAUCAAAAGACAUCAACCAGUAAGUCACAAUUUCACGCUCAAUGUCACCUAAUUUAUGUUACUUUUAGCUGGGAAAAAAGACAAGUAAUUAACUGUUGUUUUCAUCAGUCGCUGCUUCCACUAUACACAACUAUCGUGUGCACGAUUGUGCAAUAAGUUGUAUGAGGGUUAGCCAUGCAUCUUAACUCCCCAAUCCUCAUUAAACAAUAACCUGAGUCCUCAUUUGACCUACACCGACGUAGCUACAUAUCUUGGCACGGAUUCAGAAGGCUAAAUUGGAUUUUUCCAAUUUGCGUCACUUGUGAUGUAGGCAAGAUAACCGUCUGCCAACCAGUAAACAAGUUUACUGCGCAGCAGUUCUCCCCGCCCUAAUUUUUGGGUGUGAAAAAUUACCAUUAAGGAUAGAGAAUGCUUGUAGGUUACUAGUGUUCGGUCAUAGGUGUCUUCGAACUAUUGCUUGUGUAUUUUGGACCACUGAGUAAGCAAUGUCUGUGUUAGGAAUAGGGUGCCUAGUAAGUAUGGGCAACCAAUUGAUGAGGUAGUAAAUCUUCAUCAACUGAGGUGGUCGGGAUAUGUGUUAUGUGUACUCAACUACUGUUCACCUCGACGGGUGAUGUUUUGGAGUGUAGAAAUAGGCUGAAGGAAACUAGGGCCUGUCAAACGAAGAAACAGCAUCAGUCCAUAGAGUCAUCAACAAUUGAACUAAGCCAUAUUUAAUAAAUACAGACUACCUGGCUGGGGGUCCAUAUGAUUCUCGUAACCAAUGGUCAGAUAGGUUGAAUGGCACGGCCUGAAAUUGUUUGCAAUUGCACAGGUGAAUCUGUUCUCCUUCGAAUUCUGAGCUGAAUCCCUCAUAACAUGUUCGUGUUUUUACCCGAAUAAUUUGUACUUUUUUAAAAUUUAUAUUCGAUGCCGUCUUUUCUACUACCGCCGAUACUGCUGCUGCCUCCGAAAUUUAACCUGAAAAUUUCAUCUCUGUAUGCUAUUGAGGUAUAGCAACUUGAAAUGAUGUACAUACAUACCAGGUUCUACGUUAUAACUAACUGAUUAAAUCAUUAUGAACUAUACUAGCUGUCUAGAGGGUUUUUGGUAUAAACAUGUAUGCCAUUACUAUAUGUGUCUGACUUGCUCGUAAAGUGAAUUAUAAAUGGGUUAUGAACAUAAUGAAGAGAAUUCCACUUUUUUGUUAUAUAAUUCUUUGUUUGACUCAUUCUCAUGAAUGGUAUUAGAGUUCUGAUACUUCCUGAAUACAUAAACAAUUAGGUAGCUUCUUAUUUAUUUAUUUAUUUGAACAUAUGAAUAUUGGUACAAGAGAGCGCCAAUAUAUAUGCGCCACACAAAACAAUGAGAAUUCGAAGAGAAACAGAAGAAAAAAAACUAAGGAGCGCAAAAGAAAAAGAGAACAAUAACGAAGAGAUUGGUGUAAGGUAGUGUGGUAGUAACGAGGGAACGGAAAGGUACAAUCAGAAGAAAUCUUUCAGGUAAGGGAGACACAACCACUUUUCUAUAAAGAAAGUAAAGGAAGCUUACAGCAGGAUCGCCACUGGCUUCUAUUCUGAGCCAUAUCUGAUAACGUCUUUAGCCACUGUGUAGCACCAUCUCUCAGACCCCAACCAGGGAGCCGUGAAGGACCGACUGAAUCCAGUCCUUUGCAGCUUUCUUUCAUACCACGACACCAUGUCAUGCACUGACCACCUCUCCGCUUUUUCCAACCAGUCCCAGAGUCGGCAAAUAAUGCACGACGUGGAAUUCUCUGGGACAACAUUCGUAGAACAUGUCCAAGCCACCGAAGUCGGUGUUUCAAGAUGGUGACACCAACUGGAUUAUCGUCUCUGCGUCAGAACACACGAUGCCGAACCUCUGCAUUACUGACAUGGUGUUGCCACUGGAUGUCAGCAAUCCUUCGGAGACAGCGGUGAUCGAACACAGAGAGUCGUCUAACAUCCUCAACUCGGAGAGACCAGGUUUCACAAGCAUAGAGCAAAACUGCUCUCACCGACGCGUUGUAGAUCCGACCUUUUACAGUCAGACUAACAUCCCGAAGGUAGUUUCUUAAGAAAUCAUCUUUCGUUACUUCAACCUAAAUGUUUAAUUUUCAAGUUAGUGAAGCCAUGUCACUAGAUGCUUUAGCCUCGUAGUCAUCAGUGUUCGUACUCCAUCUUUUUCCACCUGAUUUUAUGUCGUGUCUGUACUACUGUUUUCGAAUCAAACGAUUUUGGUUCUCCUGUGCAUUUAUUUAUUUAAAUACAUAAACACUGAUACAAGGAGAUACCAAAUAGAUAUGCGCCACACAAAUCGUUCGAUUUGUAUGAGGGCUGGAAUACUGAAACAUGUGGUUUUCUUAGGAGGUCACACCGUGAGGCUUCAAUCUACAGGUCUAAUCUACAAGACAGUGGAGCAACGUCAGGAGAUGCAGUCCCGUGGUAGCCAGUGACUAACAAUAGGUUCAUACACCAUUUGUUCCCUCAGGAUACUGGAGCCCAUGUACACCAUUGGUUUGAAUCUUCUGUAUCCUGUAUAUUCAUCAUUAGCCUGAUUUAUUUGCCAAAAACCUGUAUUCGUCAUUUCACUUAUAUUUUAACAUACUCUCUCUACAUCAAGGUAUAGGUUAUAAUUGUAUAUUUCAAGAUAGGAAACAAAGUCUCAUCCCCCCCAUCGUCAACGUUUCAUUAAUCAUAAUAUUUUCUCAAUUAGAUUGUAUGCAUUGUUGUUAGUUAUUUUUAUUUGUUUGUUGUUGUUGUUGUUGUUGUUGGCUAAAUUACUACACUAUUGUGUAUAUAAACAUUCAAAACUAUGUAACCUACUUCUUUUUUUAUUUUUUAAAGAAUUUUUCAUAUUAAAUUGUAUCUUUUAUCAUAUUUACCAUGAUUGUUUUCUUUCCAAAAAAGAAAAAAAACACAAGAAAAAGGAAGAAAUAUAAAAUUAGUAAUUGUUACUAAAUAAGUAU